AAACGAAAGCGAAGGCAUCAGCUUCAUUCAUGACUUUGACUUUUGUUCUCUCCUUAUGGUUGCUCUACUGCCACCGUUACAGGGCUUCGGUUAAUUCCUGUCAUCUUAAAAAUCAACUAAUCCCAAUUUCCAUUUCCUCUUUCCAAUUUCGGAAAAUGCAUCACCGUUUCGUUCAUUCAUUCAUUCCAUGUCGGUAUUUUUUUCCACCUUCUAUCGCAAUUAAUUGCACAGUAAAAAAAAACCUAAAUCUUUUCCUUCAACACAAAGCAACACUUUUUCCUUAUCUGCGAUCCUUUUGAAGAAAAACCCAUAAUUGGAAAUAACAUAUGACGGAUAAGGGAAAUUAGGGUUUUUUAAAUUUUCGUGUUGCCGCAACAUGAUGGUAUCAGAAUCACCUUCAUCAUCUUGUGGAGGUUUAAUUAGCAACAUCAGUAGUAACGUUACUGGAAUUAGGUCUGUGAUGAGUUUCCAUUCCGUUAUCAAUUUCCUCUCGUGGUGAUUCUACCGAGGCCGUUACCGUUAUCAUGUUUCCUAGUACGCGCCCUCGGUUUCGAGCUUCUUCCGAUUCUGAUUCUGAGGAAGUUUUGCUACGCAACGGCGUGGUGCGCGGGAACAGUUCAUCUCCCCGGAAUCGGGUUGGGGAAUUGAACUGUAAUGACGUGAUCGGCGGUGGUCGUGGUAUGUUGUUGUCGGAGGAGGCUCGCCGUGCCAUCGCUGAGGAGAGAGUUCCACUCGCGUCUUUGGCCAGUGUUGUCGGUGGUGGUGGUGGUGGUGGUGAUAGGGAUAGCUCCUCCACUCGGCCGAGAUUUGAUUUUCAGCAGAUUGCAAAAUGGGUUGAACAAAUUCUUCCAUUCUCUCUUUUGUUGUUGGUUGUUUUGAUUCGACAGCAUUUACAAGGAUUCUUUGUCACAAUCAGUGUAUCAGCUGUGAUGUUCAAGUCAAAUGAAAUUGUUAAGAAACAAACUGCUCUAAAGGGAGAUCAGAAAGUCUCUGCUCUUCUUGGUGUAUCUUUUGUCUUCAUGCUGUAUGUGAUAUGCAUUUACUGGUGGUAUCGAAAUGAUGAUCUUUUAUACCCUCUGGCCUUGUUUCCGCCAAAAGCAACACCACCUUUCUGGCAUACAAUAUUUAUCAUUUUGGUCAAUGAUAUAUUGGUGCGCCAAGCGGCAAUGGCUUUCAAGUGUUUGUUGUUGAUAUACUACAAAAAUAGCAGAGGCCAUAAUUUCCGUCAACAGGGUCAAAUGUUAACUCUGGUCGAGUACACUCUGCUGUUGUAUCGUGCUUUCUUGCCAACACCAGUUUGGUACCAAUUUUUCUUUAACAAGGACUAUGGAAGUCUCUUCUCAUCGCUGAUCACAGGAUUGUAUCUAACUUUCAAGCUAACAUCUGCAGUUGAGAAGGUCCAAUGCUUCAUUUGUGCCUUAAAAGCAUUAUCAAAAAAGGAAAUUCAUUAUGGGGUUUAUGCCACAACAGAACAGGUAAAUGCUGCUGGUGAUCUGUGUGCUAUAUGCCAGGGGAAGAUGCAUGAUCCUAUCCUGUUGUGUUGUAAACACAUGUUCUGCGACGAGUGUGUAUCCGAAUGGUUUGAGAGAGAAUGGACUUGCCCAUUAUGCAGGAAGUCGGUAAAACCGGCUGAUCUGCGGACCUUCGGGGAUGGAUCAACGAGUUUGUUUUUUCAGUUAUUUUGAGCUCGCUUUGUUUGGCUUGAAUCAUAUUAUUGAGCUAAAAUCUGCCUACCAAAUGUUAUGUUUAUUACUUUGGUUUGGCAAUGUUGUUCCAUUAAUGGAUUCUAUGAAAUUCAUAUGAAGGAAAUAAAAUUUAUGGCCAUUGAAAGUUCGAUUAAA